AUGUCUUCUCUCAAAGGUCCUACUCCCCAGCAGCACGACGGCUCCGGCCUCCGCAUCGGCAUCGUCCAUGCCCGUUGGAACGACUCCGUCAUUGCUCCCCUCGUCGCCGGAGCCAAGGAGAAGUUGCUUGCCUGUGGUGUCAAGGAGUCGAAUAUCGUGAUCCAGUCGUGCCCAGGAUCGUUUGAGCUUCCCUUUGCUGUUCAAAGACUCUUCUCUGCCUCCCAGAUCCAGUCCACUGCUGCCGGAGGCCCGUCAGCAACUGAUUUGCUCGCUUCAUCAACGACCGAUUUGACGUCUUUGCCCAGCGGUGCUGCCUCUGGCGCCUUUGACGCCAUAAUUGCUAUUGGUGUUCUCAUCAAGGGCGAAACCAUGCACUUCGAAUACAUUGCCGACGCGGUGUCCCAUGGGCUCAUGCGAGUACAACUUGAUACUGGUGUCCCCGUCAUUUUCGGUGUCUUGACCGUUCUUACUGACGAGCAGGCCCAGGCUCGCGCCGGUAUUGACGGCAAGGGCCACAACCAUGGCGAAGACUGGGGACUGGCUGCAGUUGAAAUGGGUGUCAAACGGAAAGAGUGGACUCAGGGAAAGAUUGAGGGAUAG